AUGUCGGGCGCAGCACAACGGGCUCCACUCAUCAAAAGGGCUUUGUGCAUUGCCAACCUGUUAAACUCGUCCACACCCUCUCUCACAGCCUUCGAAGGAGAGGGCUCCGCAGAAUCUGCUAUCCUGCUGGAGGACUCAGUUCUUGAGGCCCAUUCAGAAUCCAGUUCUAUCUCCAACAGUACUCGAUGCAAACGGUCUUCUGAAACUGCACCCCUCACCAAGAAAAACGUCAAAGCGCUCGGGGAGCCCUCACCUGAGCUCAGAAUUAUGAACUUUGCCCGAUCUCUCAACACUUCUUCUCCCGGGCCCAGCUCACUUUCUCCAGUCAAAGACUGGGGUCGUUACUCCCCGUCUCCUCUCCGUGGGCAACCUCUUCUCUGUGAUGAUACCCUAUCGGAUGGCUGGUCUCAAACCUCCGACAUAAUGGAUUACUACGACGCAACCAGUGUGGUCGCCGUGUUAUCCAUUGAAACUGACGAAGGCUCCCAGCAAGACGACCACGACGAGCUGGCUGAGGUCGAGUCAAGGCAAGGGAGAGAACACUCGGUGCCCCCGAUCACAGUCCUCCAAUGCAGCGAUGACCGUGCUAGUUCUCCUUCAACGGAUCAUACUCUGAAACAGCUACCUGUGACUGGAAAGGAGCCUCCCUCUGCUUCGGAAAGUUCGAACUCUCUGGCCGAUACACCGCAGGAACGACUUACUAUUCGAAUCCCUCCUCGUCUCGAGCGCAUACUAUCUCAGGAGGCAUGCGGCAAGAGGAAACGGUCGACCACUUCCGAGGAGGAGGAUGGUUCGAACAGCAAAGACAGAUCUGAAGGGAGCUCGUCAAAGAGGGCUAAAUUGAUUCAACCCGUCGCAAGAAGAGUGACUCGCAGCUCCACACGAGCCCAAGUGGUGAAAAAGAAUGGAGCAGCCGGGGUGGUCCCAAAGGUCGUCACGUCCGAUCGAGUUCUACGUUCGGAGACUCGGCGGAGGCUGGAGAGCACUUCUUCCGCAAGGAUGGUCUCUACGAGAACCUUACGCCCAAGACCGCUGAAGAGAGGGGUGGCUUAA